CAGGCGCUAGCGCUAGGCAGUCAGUAGUUGAUGACAUCCGCACCGCUCAGCUUCACUCCUCCAGUCACAUGCCCAUGAUGCGGACUCGGUGUGACACAAGUCGAAUGACCCUUGGACGGGAGCUGGGAGGAGGAGUAGUCAGCAAAGGUUAGUUGAAUUCGUCGUGUCGAAUCCACGCGUAGCUAGUGUGAUUUGGACUUUGGAGCGUUCUGCUUGUAGAUGCUCACCACGAAACUGAAGGCGGAAUAUUUCUCGCAGACACUUUGAAACUCUCGUCUUCUUACUCCGAGCGAGAAUAGUCUUUAGAUUACAGCUGGCUUGUUUGUAGUGAGUCGAUUCAGGACAUUUCGGGCCCCGCCGCCUUCCAGAACUGAAGCAGCGCUAGCGAGUGAUUUUCUGCUGUCAACGCCUUUUCGCGCGGACUUCUCUCAUUCACCCGCUCCUUGAGUGGGAUUAUUUGGCACGUCUGGGAUCGGAACUGCGCGCUCAGCACUAGUAGAAUUAGCAUGGCUACCGCCGAGGAAGCCCCAUUGCCCGGCAUUACGGAGACGCUGGACGGUGAGCAUAUCUUCAUUACCGGUGGCACGGGCUUCGUCGGCAAGGCAGUUAUCGAGAAGCUGCUCAGAAGCGUUCCCAACCUUGGUCGUCUCUAUGUCUUGGCUCGCGGGAAAGGAGAAACGACUGCGCAGGAACGUGUGGAGCAGAUGCUUCAAACAACCACGCUCUUCUCCCGUUGUCGCGAGGAACAGCCGGAAUCAUUUCGCAAGGUGACCGUAGUCUCCGGGGAUAUACAGGCCGCGGGUCUAGGCUUGAGCGAAGCGGACACGGAACUACUGGUAUCCAACGUCACCGUCAUCAUCCACAGCGCGGCGCAAGUGCGCUUUGACCGGCCCGUCAAGCAUGCCCUUCAUGCAAACCUGCUUGGUACCCAGCAUGCUGUGGAACUUGGAAGAAAACUUCACAACCUCAAGGCAUUCGUCCAUGUUUCGACAGCGUAUAUCAACUGCCACAACCUGGAGACGGAUGAGAUUGUCUACAAGCCUGAUGUUCCAGCGCAGAAGCUCCUGGAUGCAGUGGAGUGGAUGGACGAGGAGUGGACCGAUAAACUGACACCGCAGCUGCUGGGUGGCAGACCUAACCCGUACAUCUUGACCAAGGCCUUGACUGAGACGUGGAUUGUGGAGACAUGCAGCGACCUACCACUGGCUAUUUUCCGACCGUCAAUCGUUUCCUCGACUGCCUUUGAGCCUAUUGAGGGCUGGACAGACACGCUGAAUGGACCGAGUGGCCUUAUCGUGUCGUUGGGCAAAGGACUGCUUCGGACUACUAUGAUGGACGAAAACGUAGCCAUCGACGUCCUCCCAGUCGACAUGUGCGCCAACAUGCUGAUCGGUAUCAUGUGGAAGAUCCUUGUACAGAAACCAAGUGAAAUUCUCAUCUACAACGGCUGCACAAGCCCCAUCAAUCCCACUGGCUUCAAAUCAUGCAUACCCUGGAUUUAUGAAUGUAUCCGUGAGCAUCCGUAUGACACAAUUUUCGCACGCCCAUGGGCCCACUUGAACGUUAGCUUCCCGGUUUACUACGUGGAGCACUUCAUGUUCCACUUGAUUCCUGCCUACGCGUACGAUGGCAUCAUGUGGCUGCUGGGCUCUGAGCCGCGACUGGUCCGGCUCUAUCGCACAAUCCACAUGUCCACCAAGCACCGCGCCUACUUCCAGUGUCGCGGCUUCAAAUGGACAAUGAACAACUACGAGAACCUGCUGGCAUCGAUGAACAGCGAAGACAAGAAGACGUUCAACUUCGACAUGCGCACCAUCGUGUGGGAGCGCUACUGGCGCAACCUGGUCGUGGGCACGAAGAAAUAUCUGCUCAACGAGGACAUCUCCAGCGAGAAUCUGGAGCGUUGCAGGAAGCAGUACCAUAAAAUGCGCUGGAGACGCUACACGUGGAACUUCUGCCUGGCGUUGGCGGCAAGCCGGUUCCUGGCGCGCUUCAAGUGGAUAAGGCAGUGGUGGGCCAGCAUGAUGACAAUACUGCAGAUCAGCGUACAGACCUUCCCGAUCCUGGCCAAAAUCCUGCUGGCGUAACAAGUGAUGCGAACAGCGAACGCAGGGCAUGCCGGCAAUGUUCCUUUUCUUUUGAUAGUCCUGUUUUACAAUUCUCGAAUAUCGCCUUCCAAUCCUGCUGGCGCAGCCAAAUAAUGCGAACAGCGCAUGCAGGGUGCAGUAAUUUUUUUCUUCUUUUGAUAGUCCUGUUUUUCAAUUCUCCAAUAUCCGUGCAAGCUCGUCAACAAAAGCGCUGCUUUUUCCUGACCAGCUUUCUCUUAUUGCUAUUUGUAGACUAUGCUGGUGUUGUGCAAAUUAGACCUGAUAAAAUAAUAUAUUUUUGCUUGCUGUUUACCAGUGCCAAAAAAGUUGCUUGCAGAAAACGGCGAUGGCACAACGCAUUGAACUCCGCGUAAUUUAAGCUAAAAUGAACUUAGCAACUUGAUGUUUUGCUUUCGCUUUUAAAUUUGCAAUUCUUGAAGAAUAUUUACAUAUUAUUUACAUCUUCCUCGUGCUGCUACACACACCAGAAGCUGCAGCGGAUAGAUGAUGUCCUAGUAAUCGAUGAUGCAAUCAGAGCUGACGCCCACUGCUCGAAUUUGUUCAAAUAAAGAAUAUUGACAAGUAACUUAAAACUGAGCCGGUUAAAAAAGA